AUGAGAAGAGCUUACUCUGUUUUACUUCACAGAAACCUCGCCGCCGCUCGCCACGGCUCCGCCACCUCCAUCGCCGUCACUAACCGUUUUCUCCAGGCCACUCUUUACGGCACCACCGCCGGUUCAUCUCCGUCCAACCGGCGUUGGUUCUCUUCCGUCCUCGCCGCCGUCGCCGGGACGACUAUCGGCGUCAGCGGUCUGAUCGCGGCUAACUCUGCCUCUCAGGAAGUGCUAGCUAAGGAACGUCCUCCGUCAGAUGCUCUUCCUAGCGACGUCGUUCUUUAUCAGUAUGAGGCUUGUCCUUUCUGCAACAAAGUGAAAGCAUUUUUGGACUACUAUGAUAUACCAUACAAGGUUGUGGAGGUCAACCCUCUUAGCAAGAAAGAAAUCAAAUGGUCCGAGUAUCAGAAGGUGCCAAUUAUAAUGGUAGAUGGCGAGCAGCUAAAUGACUCGUCAGCUAUAAUUGACAAGCUCGGAGAAAGGAUUCUAUCUAAGAAGAAGGCAGAUUCAACCUCUGAGGAUGAUGAAGAGACCAAAUGGCGGCGGUGGGUUGAUAAUCAUUUGGUACACGUUCUGUCACCUAAUAUAUAUAGAAAUACCUCUGAAGCUCUAGAGUCCUUUGACUAUAUCACGAGCAAUGGCAAUUUUAGCUUCAUGGAAAAAAUUUCGGUGAAGUAUGCUGGGGCUGCAGCUAUGUAUUUUGUGUCGAAGAAGCUAAAGAAAAAAUAUAACAUUACUGAUGAGCGUGCUGCUCUUUAUGAGUCAGCAGAAACAUGGGUAGAUGCUCUGAAUGGCCGCGAGUUCCUUGGAGGGUCUAAGCCUAACUUUGCCGAUCUGGCUGUCUUUGGGGUUCUAAGGCCCAUACGCUAUUUGAGGUCUGGUAAGGAUAUGGUGGAGCACACACGUAUUGGUGAGUGGUACACAAGAAUGGAGAUCGUUGUGGGAGAGCCUUCCAGGAUUAAAGCCUAA